GGUGAAUGUACGACUAUUUCUGUUACUUUUGUUCAACAAAUAAUCAUGUUUAAAAAUAUUUCCCUUCCGUCAGUAGAAGAGGUUCAGGAGGAAUGGAAGCGACCCAACGUUAUUAAUUUCUUAAAGAAAAAUCAAGUGGAGUUAGAUCUUGAUGAUGUUCACAUUCAAAUACUUAGGGAUAACCACGUUUCCGGCCCAGCCUUCCUUGAGCUAACUCUAGAAGAGCUUUUAGCUUCUCCUUAUGAACUUCCCGGUGGACCAGCAAAAGUUAUAGCAAAAUUAAUCAAUACAAUCAAAGGCGAAGGACAGG